AGCCUGAAAUUUCUGGUACAGGCUUUCGGUUGGGACUUUAAGGUGGUGAAGCAGUACCAGGCCAAGCCACACAGUUCUGCUGUGACCUUGCAAACAUGCCUUCAAUUCUUAAUAUAGCACUAAGAGCUCCUUCUUCAGGAGCUGUGCAAAGCAAAAGCAGAGGUGUGCAAUUAGGAGGUGUGCUGGGUCAAACACGGCUGUGUACUGGGUGCUGGGCACGGCACAGUCCCUCCUUGUGUGUCUGAGUCCCAGCCUGGGGUUGCUGAAGCUGUUCAGGAGAGCUCUGAGGGGAGUUUUGGCCUUGGAGAACAACAGUUUGUAAAAUGCAUUCUGUUACAUUACUGAAAAAUUAUGAGUUUUUUCCCUGUAUCUUUAAAGUGUCUGCGUAGCUUGACACAGGAGGGUUCUGGCCACCGUUGCUGGAUACUCCUACAGCAUGAACAGGUAGAAUUAGUCUGUCCCUCAGCUGUGCCCUUAAGCAGCUCUGGAGCUAAGCCUGGCGUGCCGGAGGAGUCAGAGCAAGUCCACCCAUACGGGAAGGAAGCGGUUAAAGUUGUCAAGUUUGCCAGGAAAUUGAAUAAACUAGAAGCAGUGCUUAAGUCUCAGACCAUUCAGUGGAGACCACAGUUAGAGCCAGUGAACAGUGCUGUAGUGUCUGCAGACUCCCUGCUUCCCCUCCCACCUCCAUUUACAGCACUUCUAAAAAAAAAAAUAAAAUAGGAUUGGGCUUGAGACCACAAGCUCGGAGCCAGUGAAGCUCAGAGUCUGCCAGCUGGACUGCUGAGAAGAGAGGGACCCCUGACACUGUUGGUGCUACCAGAGGUGUUGGUGGAGAGACCCUAGGGUCACACUUUUCUACGUGCCUUUUUGAAUAUCUCUGUAGUAAAGAUGUCUCACGAUCACCACAUGAACAGCUCCAUGUUGCCACCCACGCAUCCUCCUGAACAUCAACACUCAACGGCAGCCCCAGGCCAUGGUCACGGAUCUGACAUGAUGAUGGCAAUGACUUUCCAGUUCAGCUAUGAGAAUGUGCCAUUGCUGUUUUCUGGACUUAUAAUCAAUACUCCUGGAGAAAUGGCUGGUGCUUUUGUGGCUGUCUUCUUCCUGGCCAUGUUUUAUGAAGGCCUUAAGAUUGCUCGAGAGUGUCUGCUCCGUAAAUCCCAAGUCAGCAUUCGCUACAACUCCAUGCCAGUGCCAGGUCCCAAUGGCACUAUCUUGAUGGAGACACACAAAACUGUUGGACAGCAGAUGCUGAGCUUCCCUCACCUCCUGCAGACUGUGCUGCACAUCAUUCAAGUCGUGGUCAGUUAUUUCCUCAUGCUGAUCUUCAUGACGUACAACGGGUACCUCUGCAUAGCUGUGGCGGCAGGGGCAGGGACGGGCUAUUUCUUCUUCAGCUGGAAAAAGGCGGUUGUUGUGGAUAUCACGGAGCACUGCCAUUAACGCUGGAUGCCGCCCAGAAGCCUCUCUGCCCCACUGCUCUCUUCAAGCGCAGCCAUCACAAGGACUGGAUCAUUCCUAAGCUGAGAGAGAAACAAUAUAAAGAAAAUCAACUGGAGUUCACCACAAGUUCCUAGCUGGGGCGUAGAGAUGUGAGGAGCUGGGGUAUGCUGCUCCCCCCUGCUGCAGGCUGGCAGCAGGGUUGACUCUUGGGGGUCCCGUGGUAGCCAUUCUUGGCUAGGAUUUGCUUUAUUCUUAGAUUAUGCCGUGAUUGAAAUUAGUUGGCUGACAGAAAUGUAGAAAUUAUUCUUUAAACAAAACAAAACCAUUUUAUUUUUAAAUUGUAAAUGCUUAUCUGUGAGGGUUUUACGAACAGUAGGUAAAGAUCAAAGUUGCCGAUGGAGCCUACGUGUGUGAACAGCUACUUUAAUUUUACUUUUUUUUCAAUAUGUACACGAUGCCAGGGGAGGAGAUCUCCCAGGCAUUGUGGCUUUUGGGGCCAACGAUGCCUUCUGUUGCAGAAGGACUCAGCCUCCGAGGAAGACUUGGUGCUGCACAUCAGGCAUGCUCAGGUGUGUGCUGGCAAGGGAGAACUUUGACAUGAGUCUGCGACCCCUGUGCUUCAGGGGCUCUGGCCGAGCCUGCCCUCCAAGCCCAUCAGAGUAGGAUGAGCGUUGUUAAUCUGAUGUAUCCAGCAGCUUUACUCAUCUUCAGGUGGUAGCGUUUGGGUUUGGCUGCUUUCACUUCCCAAUCAUGGAAAUAUACGGAGUAGGCACAGGACAACAAUUGUGUAUUCACAGGACAAAAAGAUAUUACAGAAACCAUUGAACCCGCGUUUGCUUCGUGUUGAAUUGCACCUGGAUGGAUCUAGAGCAAGACUUUUGGUUUACUUAAACCAGCUCUGUAAAUGAGGCAAGAGCUAAAUAAUGAUUUCACGACACUAAGGGCUAAAAUGUCUGAUUCUGUUCCUUGAUUGAGAUGAAGGAAAUUAAACAGCCGUGGUCCUGUAAAGGAGAGAUGUGGGGAAAAGAAGAAAGAAAAGAUAGGACUACAGCAGGCCUUGGUUUCUCCUCAGGUGAAAUUUGGAGUAGCUUGGGAUGAUUAAGAAGAAUUGCUGACCCAGAUGACUCCUUUUUGUCUUAAUAAUCAUGCUGUGACCUUGUUAGCUUGGAGGUGCAAGAGUUACCCGUGCCGGUGGUGGACAAGUGUUGUAGUACAGUAAAGAACUUCCCAUGCGGUGCUGUGAGCUCUACACGUUUCACCGUCAAGACAGGCUGUGACCCAGGCAACACCAGCUCCCUGCACGCCUGGUGCCCAGAGCGCGCUUUGGGUUUUCCAGGGAGCAGUUCUGGUUUAGCGCUUUGUUAUUAAACUGCUUCUUGUUCUAGGGAAUGCUGUGCAGGGUACGGCGCAAAGCUGGAGUCUUCGUUCUGCCCAGGAUGCCCAGUUUGUGCCAGUAACUGGCAGAAAGGGAAGAUGGUGGGAUUUUCAGAAGGGCGCUGAAAAACAGCCACGACAUUCAGACUGGGAUGUGCCGUGAGAACAGGGAAUCCUUCCGAGGUGGAAGUAUCUGGGCACGCGCAGUAGCGGUUUUUCCUGCGGAGAUGGUACUAGCCGCACCGUCAGCGGUGGCUGGGUGAGGAGAGCUGAUCUUUGUGAAGAGGAGACGAGCUGUGAGGAAACCGUAGUGCUUGUCACAGACUUGAAGCAGUGAAGUGCUGGAGAUGGUGAUUUAUGUUUUGAAAGGCGCUCGAUCCCUGAAGCAGUUCAGAGCUGACGUUGCCAACACCGCUCCGAUCGGUUUCUCCCAAACGAGCUGGAAUUGUUGCCACUACAGGACAGGGAUGGCUGGUUAUAGUCACAAGUGGCUUUGAGUGAUGACAGUAGUUACUUCAUAUACCUCUUGCUGUGUCUUUCUCUAAAGUAGAACCUCUGCUUGGCCUGAUCUUGCUGUCACCUUUUAGCCACCUGUCCUUGUAUUCAAGUGACCAGACUUGAAUUCUCUGAUUCUAGUGAUCGGAGACGGAUGACUUGGAGAUUAGGCAACAGCUGUGGCUUUUGCAAUAUAAAUUUGGUUCUCGUUAGCUUUUCUGCCUCAUUCUACGCGUAGCAUCUGUGCCCUUGAAAUUGUUUGCCCCCCUCAGGAUGAGUAUCUCUGUCUUCAAAGGUCUCCUGGCCACCCACGCACAGGAGAGGGCGCACGGCUUUGUGCAGAGAGGGAGGUGACGCUGAGCUAGCCGCGGUCCCCUGGGGAGCGGGGCCCUGUGCAGAAGUCUCCCAGGUGUCCAGGGAGCGCCCCAGGUACCUUCCAGCAGGCUGUAAGGAGGGUGGUUUGAGCACCUGAGUUAGAAAUGGGGGCUCAGGCUGGGCUUUGGGGAGAGGGGCGCAAGGGGAGGUGUGAAGGGGAUGGGGUUCAGGAGGGAAGAUGGAGGGUUUCCUCUCUGCUUCCGAGCUCACCGAUGCAGCGAGGCCCAACUGGGAAAGGGCCGUUUCCAGUCAUGUCUCCCUGCCAGCUUUGGCCGAGCCAUCUCUUGGUUCAGUGUUGACAAUCCAGAGGAGCCACCUUACCUCCCUGUGUCCCAGCCUCCCACGGUCCACCAGAUGUCACCAGCUGCCGCGUUCUGGGCCCCAGUCGCUUUGACUCUGAGCAAAGCCUGGCCUCCCUGCCGGGACUUCUGGCUGCUUUUGUGUAGUCCCAGCCUUUCUUGUCCUGAUAACACUGAACUCGCAUUACGUAGUGCUUGGAGGGAGGUGAGGACUCUUAACGAUUACGAGACUUGAGUGAAUUAAGUUCUUCUGUCAACACACGUGUAGCAUGCUUGGAAUGUGAUGUCCUGCCUCUCUUUGUACCCUGAUGUUUGGUCUCCACACGCUGUGCCUCUGGAUUUGUCAUCUUGGAAGAAGUGCACAAAGCAUCCGGGCUGUGUUCAUCAGCUGGUUUUAUUGUUUUUCUUCGAGUGCCUUUUCAGUUUGUCUGGAGCCAGUCCCACCAAAUCCAACAGGAUUUCUAGUUUUGUUUACAGUGGACUGUCAUUUUUGUUUUUACUCUUGCUCUUUGUGGAGGUAACUUGUUUAAUGUUACUGUGAAUAUCAAGAAUCUCCUGUAUAUAAUUAACCAAUAAAAUAGAUUGCAUUUUA